CUUGGUGAAGUAAACAUGGCUGUGUUUGUCGACCUACGAAAUCUGAUGCUAACUGACUAGAGAUCUAAAAAAAAAAAAAAAAGUUCUAGAUGUGGUGAAGCCCAACUUUAUGUGGAAUGGAUUUUUCCUUUAAUGUCAAUAGCAUUCUUCCUGAAGAGAUAACAGAGGUGGACAGCAGCCUCAAAAUAUGCAGACAAAAUGUCAGUGACAGGUUUGGAUUCAGGCAACUUCAAAGUAUGCUGUAUGAGGUCAUAGACAGAAUGGGAGAAGCUUCUGCCAAAGCUCAAGGCUUGCAUGGCCCAAUCACUACCGGGAAAAAAAUGGAAAUUUCAAACCAUAGACUCUAUAUAAUGAAAGAUGUGCAGAGCAAUAACAGUCACGGGUUGGUGGUGGGUUUUCUAAAGAUGGGAUGCAAGAAAUUGUUUGUCUAUAACCACAGUAAAAUUCAACAAGAAAUGGAGCCUCUCUGUGUUCUUGACUUCUAUGUCCAUGAGUCUCGUCAGAGGAUAGGCUGUGGGAAAAAACUUUUUGAAUACAUGCUGAUGAAUGAAGGAAUUCCAGUGCAACAUUUGGCAAUAGACAGACCUUCCACUAAGUUUUUAUCUUUCUUAAGCCGACACUAUGGCCUCCAGAAUAUUAUACCUCAAGUCAAUAAUUUUGUUAUUUUUGAAGGAUUCUUUAACAACAGAUCAGGAACCAAAAAUGGGAGACCAAGCAGCAUAAUUUCCAGGCCACCAUCAGGUCACAGAAGUCAACCUAGGAUAUCUAGUUCUCCUCAUCAGAACCAGUACUUGAAUCAAACACUGAACAGAAAUAUGUUCAAAGAACAAACAAAUGGUGAUUACAGCUGGACAGUGUCAGGGUUAUCUUCUCGUCCUCAGUUACAGAGUCACAUGGGAGCUGGACAGCAGAUGUACAGUCGGCAUGGAGUGAGCUCAUUGACUAACAUCAACUCUCGACCAACGAGGGGCUACACCCCCUCCAGGGAACACACAACUUCUAACGAAGGAAACAAUCCUAAUCUCAGCAGAGGCUUUGAUGCAGGGUCUGACGUUUUACAAGAGCAAAAUGCUCACCCUGAUCAAAGAUUUCCUAAAGACCACAUACCAUAUCAAAAUGACAGGGGAGGAAAUUCAUACACUUCUGUAUCAAGAACAGGAAUUAGCAAUGUAAAUUAUAAUUACCAGGAGGCUAACAGUAAUACUUCUUCUACACCCAUUGUAGAUCCUCGCUAUCCCAAAGAUGUCAACUCCCACCAGUUACCAAACAUAUCAUCAGUAACUCACAGACCUCCUAGUGGUCGUCAAAAUAAUUACAUCUCUAAACUUGAUCCGUCUUUCCCACACCAUGACGGUUCUCCAGCCAGAUACCAAAACUUUCUAAACUUGCACAGCACAUAUCAAGGCAGAAAUGGACAUUUGAACCUACCACCUUCACCAGUGCCAGCACAUGAACCAGUGCCCUCUGCUUCAACACUUAUUGCUCACCCUUCUAACCAAAACAGCUCAUGGACUGUGAUGGGUGUCCUGAGGGACCAGAGGAUGACAAGUCCACUAGCAGCCAGACACAACAACAGGUUGUGGUGAUAAUGAGCUCAUUUGUACGGACACAUGUGUAUAUAUAUAAAUAUAAGUGACAAGCUGUGGCCAGUCUGCUGUGAUAUUAUCCUGUGACUGUAAUAAGCCAAUUUGAUAUUUUUAUAGACGUCUAAUACUUCACAUACCUUAUCACACUCUGGCUUACACUUCAAAUGUACUUCUAGUCCAUUUUCUCCAAGUAUCUUACAUUUUUCAACUAUUACUACAACUGUACUACUGCCUUCCAUCCUAUCAGCUCCUCCUUCUUAAACCAAGUUAAACAAUUAUCAUCUCAUCUUUGUCUUGAUAGGCUGAUUGCAUGUGGUGCCAGAGUUGAUAAACCCAUGCAAGGCUGAUUGCAUGUGGUGCCAGAGUUAUAAACCCAUGCAAGGCUGAUUGCAUGUGGUGCCAGAGUUGAUAAACCCAUGCAAGGCUGAUUGCAUGUGGUGCCAGAGUUGAUAAACCCAUGUAACUUAGCAUUAGCUCCAAGUUUGUUUUCUUCUGUUUUCUAUCCUUGCUACCCACUAAUCUAUUGUUUGCAUACCCAGAAUAGUCCCAGCACUCAGGAUGCCUUGUCAUUUAUAAAGAAAAAAAAAGUGUAACCAAUUACAGGUGUAUGAUGUUUUUGUAAAGUUUGGGACACUAUUUUUCCAUUUAUAUCCUUGUCAGAUGACAUCUAUGUCCUUUGCCAGUUUUCUUUGUUAAAAAGACAAGUUAUGAAUAACUUGUGUAUCCUUUGCCAGUUUUCUUGGUUAUAAAGACAACCUUUGUUUGUUGGUUCAUUUAUUGCCUACAAAAUUUAGCUACACACUUCUGUGCCUUUAUUGAACAGCUAGUCCUUUGUGAGUGUGGCUAGAUUUCCUGUGUUGACUUGAUGAGUUCAUGAUAAAAUCUGUGAUACAAUGUAUUGGUAUUUAUUCUUUGAAUUACAAAAGACAAAUGCUGUUAUUUGUUCUGUAAGUGAAACUGGAUACUAUUUAGAGAUUUCUAUUUUCAUCCUGAACACUAAGUUAUCAAUAGAAACACACUAACUGUCAUAUUGGAAAACAGUAAGACAUACUAUUGCGAUGAUUGCAUUUAUAGUUAAACUUUUUGUUGUACUAUUGUCUUUUAUAGGGAUCUUUUCUUUCACUUACAGGUCUUAGCGUAUUGUCAUAAAAUACUUAUGAUAUUCUCAAUUUUACUUAUUAUUUUCCCUUGUAAUUUAAUAAUUGUUUUUUGUUUUGUAAAAAAGUUAAUAACUUUUAUAGAUUUUUUGGCCAAAAUAUGUAAUUUUCAAAAAGUUCAAAGUUGGUCAAAGUUACCCUACCCUUAGUAUUUGGUUUUUAUUACAUUUUUUUCCUAUUAUUUACUGUUUAUAUUAGUAGUGUUGAAUUGAAUAAAUAGUUGGCAAUGUUAGUUUUCAAUUUUGAAACUGUUAGAAAGAAAAAAAAAGCCAUUAAAAAUUGUAAGAACUAAAGUUUGUUUUUGUUCAAUCCUCAAAAGGCAUUUUCCUCUAUGACAAGUAGAUCACUGUAUGUGACUGAAAUGUUGCUGUUCAAUUUUGUUUCAAAAUUACUGUUACCGUGUCUUAACCAUUUCCUGCCUUCAUAGUUCUUUCACAAACUGAAGUAGAAGGUUCAUUAGUAGAAGUUGAAUUGGUUGAAUAAUCUACUGCUGUCCAUAGCUUUUCUUAAUGUGGUCCAUCAAGUUGGCAUCCAGCUACUUAUGUUUUAUAAUGGUCAAGUGACUUUUCUCUCAGGCACACAAACAUAAUUGAUGUGGUCAGUGGUUAUCGAUAAUAUAAAUAUUUUAUCCACCACCACCACCCUCUUCCCCAUUAUGUUUUUCAUUUUAACCAUGGACAUCGAAUAGAUUUCUCUAUCUGCUGCUUUUAGAUAACUUUCUUUCUAAAGAAAGUUGCAAUAAUUAUUUUUUUUAUUGACAAUAUGAAUGUAGAUUUUCAAUAUGAACUUGUUAGCAUCCUUUAAGAAAUGUUAGCAUCACAUCCUUUAAGAAAUGUUGACUUAACAUCCUACACAUUUUGAACUGUAAAAGUAAAUAUCCUUUAAGAAAUGUUGAUAACAUCCUAAACAUUUUGAACUGUAAAAAAAAUAUCCUUUAAGAAAUGUUGAUAACAUCCUAAACAUUUUGAACUGUAAAAAAAAUAUCCUUUAAGAAAUGUUGACAUCACAUCCUACACAUUUUGAACUGUAAAAGAAAUAUCCUUUAAGAAAUGUUGACUUAACAUCCUACACAUUUUGAACUGUAAAAAAAAAAUAUUUGUCCAUACAAAACAUACUUGAAAUUUUCCAUCUAAUACUAAUCUAAUUUUAUCAACAAAAAUAUUUUUGAUAAACCAUCAAGAGAUAUUUCAAUAAUAAACAAUGUAAAACAC